AACUUAAGAGCGUGAAACACAGCGGUAAACAUCUUUUCAAUUUCACAUACAAAUAUUGGGCUUUUAUUUACGACUAAUAAUUUGACAGUUGUGAAAUUGAGCAAAAUCUCGUGAGAUAUGGAAGACAAGCCGUUAAAGGAGCAAUCCAUAGAAAAUACAGAUGUUAACCAAGAUGAGUUGAUACUUCAACAACAGAGACGAAUCGAGAAGGAGAUCUCAGAAUCCAUAGCUUUAGUUGGUGAGAAGGAACCAUUAAAGAGUUUAGAACAAGAAUAUAAAGAAGAUGAGGUUUAUCUCUCAAAGACAAAAGCGUUGGCUCAAAAAUAUUCUUAUAUUAGGAGAACAAGACCUGAUGGUAACUGUUUCUUCAGGGCAUUUAGUUAUGCUUAUUUGGAAAAGUUAAUUGGAAAUAAAGAGGAAUAUGAUAAGUUUCGAGAUUUAGCUUUAAAAAGCAAGGAUAGCCUUGUAGCUUUAGGUUUCCCUCAAUUUACAGUUGAAGACUUUCACGACACAUUUAUGGAAGUAAUUGAUAAAGUAGGAGGUGGUGACACAGAGUCCAGUCAUAUGGAACUACACAAAUUAUUCAAUGAACAAGGUUAUUCUGAUUAUAUUGUUGUAUAUCUUAGAUUAAUUACAUCUGGUCAAUUACAACGUGACGCUGAUUUCUACCAACAUUUUAUUGAAGGAGAACGCACUAUUAUUGAAUUCUGUCAUCAGGAAGUCGAACCAAUGUACAAAGAAUCUGACCAUAUUCAUAUUAUAGCAAUGAGCAGUGCAUUAGGAACUGGUGUCAGAGUUCGAUAUAUGGAUAGAGGUGCAGGAACUGAAGUAACAGCUCAUGAUUUUCCUGAAGGUGUCAUACCAGCUGUGCACUUAUUAUAUCGCCCUGGCCAUUAUGAUAUUCUUUAUCCUUGAUAAAUUUGGCAUUAUACAGAUUUUUCUCAUUAUUUUUUACACAAAACCAACUUCUUACCAGACUCUAUUCUAAAAAUGAUUUAUAGUAAUUAAAAUUAGUUUCAUUUUGUUCUCAGCAAUAUUUGCAUUUAUUACAUGUAACGCAAGAUAAUGUGUCACUUUUAACUCUAGGGCUAAUUUCACAACUUAUGAUUGACUUAAUCUAUUGAUUAUUCUAUUGGAAUUGACCAAUUACAUUUAUUAUUAAAUAGAAUUGACCAGAAAUAAACAAUCACAAUUAACAUUUAAUCGGUUGGUUAAAUUAAUUUGAGGUUGUGAAAUUGAUCCUAAGUGAAUAAUUGGUUUUGUUUUGAUUGGUUUAUGUAUUUCAGAAUAUGAGUUUUUGAAACUCUACAAAUAUAUUUGUAUGUGUUAAUAUAUUUCCUGAUAUUCACAAGUCUUAUAAAAUAUUUUAACUUAAAAACUAAUUGUCUGGAAUAAAUGAUAGAGAAGAAACACAAA